AUGAAGAGAAUUUUGAAUGAAAAAUGUAUGAAGAAACCAAAUGAUAAAGAUUUGUGGUUAUUUGCAGCAAAAAAAUGUUCUGAUAUAAAUGAUAUUGAAUUGGCUAGAGAAUUUUUUAUUAAGGCAAUAUCAUUAUGUGAUGAUAAAGAACAUCGUAUUUAUAUUGAAUUCUUCCGUGUAGAAGUAAAUUACAUGAAAACAUUAAUUAAAUUUAAUAAAGAUAUGGGGAUUAAGGAGUGUGAUUAUGGUGAGGUUGAAAAGGGUAAUGUUGCUUUAGCUGUAUUAGAGAAGUUUAUUGAUAAAGUUACAGAAUUAGAUUUAAAAGAACUAGCUGUUAUUGCAAAGAAUUUUUCUAAAAUCAAAUCAGUUAUUGAAGAAAAACUUAAAAAAGAAUAA